GACUUCAUCUCCAGUUCAUUCCUAGUUAUGUUGCACCUUCUGUUUUGCUAUUCCUAAUGGCCAACUCGCAGGCAGCCAAUCCGAGAAAAACAGCAGCUUGCGGCAGCCCGGAGUGUUUUUUAAAAUAAUUUCAUUUUGCAUUUCUUUCUUCCUUCAUUUCUGUUUUUUUUGCAAAAUAAAAAAAAAUCAGGCGAGUGAAAUUGCAAGGAUUGUCUAUGGAAAAAUAAAAAGGGGAACUCCCGGAAGUGAAGAAGGAUGAAGCAGCUGAGAGCAGUGAGCAGGAGUGGCUGGCCUUUGGCACAGCAGUAACAUUUCGACCAUCUUACCUCCUCGUGAAGGCCCUCCUCUCUUCUUUUGAUCUGGAGGUGGGGCGAGAGGGAGCUCUUUCUUCCUGAAGAUCUCGGCCAACAAUGGCAGGGGAGAAAGCCAAGCCCAAAGUGAUCGAUGCCCAGAAGCUAGCCAGCCUCCUGCAGAACGGCGUCGAGGGCACUCUGGUGAUUGACAGCCGCUCGUUUGUGGAAUACAACGCCUCCCACGUGCUGAACUCGGUGAACAUCUGCUGCUCGAAGCUGGUGAAGCGGCGGCUGCAGCAGGACAAGUUCUCCAUCACUGAGCUCAUUCAGCCUUCCUGCAAGAUGAAGAUUGACGUGGAGGGAACGCAGGAAGUGGUGCUUUAUGAUCAGUGCACGCGAGACCUCAGCAAGCUGACAGCGGACAGCUUCACCUCUGUACUCCUGGGCAAGCUGGAGAGCUAUUUCCACCAUGUCUCACUGCUGUCAGGGGGAUUUUCCGCAUUUUCAUCCUGUUUCCCAGGCCUAUGCGAGGGGAAGCCCACCACUCUCCUGCCAAUGAGCAUCUCUCAACCAUGCCUACCAGUCGCCAACAUUGGUCCCACACGAAUCCUUCCUCAUUUGUACUUGGGCUCACAGAAAGAUGUGCUAAAUAAGGACCUCAUGGUACAGAAUGGAAUCACAUAUGUUCUCAAUGCCAGCAACUCUUGUCCCAAGCCAGACUUCAUCUCGGAGAGUCACUUCAUGCGCAUUCCAGUCAAUGACAACUACUGUGAGAAGCUUCUGCCCUGGUUGGAUGAGUCUGUUGAUUUUAUAGACAAAGCAAAGGUCUCCAACUGCCGAGUGCUUGUUCACUGCUUGGCUGGGAUCUCGCGAUCAGCCACGGUUGCCAUUGCCUACAUCAUGAAGAGCAUGGGGCUGUCCUCAGACGAUGCUUACAGGUUCAUCAAGGACCGGAGACCAUCCAUAUCUCCCAACUUCAACUUCAUGGGGCAGCUGCUGGAGUAUGAGAAGAGCCUGAGGCUCCUGAAGGUCCGGUCCCUGGCUCCCCUGAAGCCGCAGGCGGACAAGCCGGAGGAGGAGGCGGACAGGGAGGCGGCCGACGGCGGCAGAGGCGGCUGGGAGAGGACGUGCCCCGGCUUCCCCACCUCCGAGGCGGCAGGGCAGGGCGCGCCAAAGGACGCCAGCCAGCCAGGCGGCGAGGCAGAGAGUGGCGGGAGUGACUGCAAGAACGCCGCGCAUGUCACCCUGCAACAGAGCCUCAACGGGCUGCACCUCUCCACAGAGCAGCGCAUCCAGGACACCAACCGCCUCAAACGCUCCUUCUCGCUGGACAUCAAGUCUUCCUACUCGCCGAGCCCCGCCCCUGGUGGCUGCAAGGCCGCCACGCCGAUGGAUUCCGACGACAUCCCGAAGCUCUGCAAGCUGGAGGUGAGGACGGGCAGCCCCGGCCAGGAGCCGCACAGUCCAAGCCCGGACAGCCCCGGAUCCGACGUCGGCAGCGAGUCGAAAGCCCGGCAGAGGCGCAAACCAAAGCACAACGGCAGCCUCUCAAACUCGUCCAGUUCACCGGUGCACCCUUUGAGCUUGAACUUAACCAGGACAUUCGUACCUUGCCCGGCCCACAAGGGGAACAGUGUGGAGGACAACUUGAAACAGGCGCUGCUGCUGAAUGUUCCCAGUGCCCAGCAGCUCCCCCUGGGUAACAACGGGAUUAACCGGUGGGGGAAACACACAGAACUGGUACAGUCCCCCGCCCCGGCAAACCCCUCCGUCAACUCCCCGUGGUACUUCAGCACAGAGCCACAGUCUGCUCACAAGGGGGGGAGCGCCGGCCUCUUCAGCAGCGCCGCCCCCUCCUACCCGUCCUUUGGCUGCAACCCCGCCACAGCCGGCUGUGAGCAGUAUGGGCCAGUCCGGCUGCGGGAGAAGCAGGCAGAGCAGAGGGACGUCAGGCGGAGCUGGCACGAGGAAGGCGCCAUCGAGAAACAAUUCAAGAGGCGGAGCUGUCAGAUGGAGUUUGAGGACGGCAUGUCGGAGAGCAGGUCGCGGGAGGACCUGGGGAAAAUCGGCAAGCAGUCCAGCUUCUCCGGCAGUAUGGAGAUCAUCGAGGUGUCAUGACACAGCACUGGGAAUGGAUGGUGUAACUGGGUGUAAGGGAGGAUCUGUGGUUAUUUACCGGGCACUGCUAAGGCUCUUUUUGUAAAAGCAAAGUGGAAGCGCGGGUAACUAUUUUCUCUCGUGAUACAGAGAGUGGGGUUGACACAUCACUUGAAAUUUGUCUUGAACGUUUUUAGAGACGCUAAUUUAUUUCUCCACACACAUUCUGGCAAUGGUGAAAAAGAAAAUGUGGGAACUGGCCACCCUGUUUAACGUUGUACAGUGCGGUAUUUAAGUACUUCAAGCAAUACUCAAAAAAAAAAGAAAGUCUGGUUUUAUCUUAUUAGUUAUAUAUUUUGUGUUUCUGUUUCCACAUCGUACCUUGGUCUGCACAGGACUGCUACCUGAGAAGGCCGUUUAUUGCACUUUGUCCUUCCUUGUGUGUGACUGAGCCCGUUGAAAUGCAGACUGCAGCACUAAGGCUGGAAAAGUACCUUCUAUGAGAUAAUCUGUAUGAACCAAUUGCAAAUGGAUGCAGACAUUAAUAUAAUGUAAAUAGUGGUGUAUCUAUUAUUAUGGCUGAUUUAAAUGUUUUUAAAUAGUUUAAAGAUAUCCUGGCUGCUUGAUGCAAAUACCUCAGGUUUGAAUAAACAGAAAAAUUAAAAAGGCUUUUUCUCUUACCACCCUCCCCAUCUUGUUUGUGAAGUGUACACAAGCUUCAGCCACAAUACAAAGGAACAAUCAUCUCAGGUUUUAAAAACGGAUUAACCUAGGCAGAUUCCUGUGAUUUCCAGGAAGGGGGAGAGUCAAGUGCUCGCUCUCACUGGACAUCCAAACUACCUACAGGCCAAACGCUGGUUGCACACAUCCAUUGCAUUCGGUACAAAGGUGCAGCGACCUCAUUGCAUCACACGCCACUGACCACAUGUUGGGAGGCCAAGGUGAGGAGAUCCCAGCGGCAACGGUGCCCUUCCAAGAAGCCGCAUGUUUUACCUGUCCGCCCUGCCCCACUGCUCGUCUCCUUCCCACCUUCUUUGACUCCUGGGCAGGAAAAGCUUGCUGUAAACAUUACAAAGAAACAGAUGGUCUCUGGUCUGGGCUGUCGGCAGGGGAAGCUGGCUGUGUUCCUUUAAAUCACUUCAAACUGAGCAAUGCUGGUCAGAUGCUUGGUGACUGUUUGCUUGAGGCCCGAGAGAUAAACGUUGAUGAAAUAUUUUUUAUCUGUCCCACUCCGUAGAAAAAAGCAUCAUAGUUAUUUAUAUCAUUGACUUUGCUGAUUUGAAAAAUCGAUUGCCUUUCUCUUCAUUUUUGAGUUGUUCUGUAGGUGAGGGUGUGACUGAUGUGGCCAGCAGCCCUAGUUCAUCCCUGAGAAGGCGUGGAUAGACGACUUCUUCCUGAACUGCCGCAGGGUGGCAGUUCUGACACAAAUGAGUAUUUUGCUAGAAACACUUCAGAGGGCAAUUAAAAGUCAGUCACAUCGGUGUGGUACUGGAGGGCACAAAGGCUAGACUGAGCAAGGAAGGACAUUAGUCAGUGAGCUGAGUUUUUAUGGCAUCACAGUCACUUUUCUUACUAAAUUAUUUCCAGAAUUUUUAUAAACUGAACAAGCAGAGUGAGGUUUGAGCCCUCUCCGAAAUUCCCUCAGAUUUCUGCACCUUCUUGUCUUCAGAGCCCAUCAAAGACCCUUCCCUCCGACAUUGCCAUUGUGCCCUUUGAUACCUGUUUAUAGUGCCCAUUGGCCCCCCUGCCCAUUGCACCCUACAGAUCAUUGCCCUCCUACAACCCAGUGCCUCCUACUACCCAUUGCCCCAUCCAACCCACUCUUCCCCUCCACCCCACUCAUCCCCUACAGCCCAUUGCCGUGUAAAAUCCUUGGAGGUCCAUGUAUGAUCCCAUGGAUUUGCUGACUUUCUAAGCAUUAGGGAAGAUGAUUGUAAUCCAGGCCGGAUGAUGAUGAAUUGCACCCCGCCUCCUUUCUUCGGUCGCCACAGUUUGAGGGACACACCUUCCCCUGGCUAUUGUCGGCGUUGCUUCUCCUCUCGUCCCACUCAGAGGGAUAUAUGGGAGGAAGGUGUUAGAUAGUCUUAGGAGUGGUUUGAAGGUCGGCACCAACAUGGUGGGCCGAAUGGACUGCAUUGUGCUGUAUUGUUCUAUGGUUCUACGGUUCACAGUUCUGGUCGGACUCGACAACUUCCUGCCAUACCGUCCAACCACCCCCACCCCCGUGUGGGACAUGCACAUUUCUGGGAUCCAAGCACUGGCUGGGCUGACCUGGAUUUCCUCAGCCACCAGCAGUCAGUCGCGGAACAGCUGCUCUGAUCCAGAGGGAGCUCACAACAAAAUCGGGGAAUGCUGGAAAUACUCGGCAGGUCAGGCAGCAGGUGGAGAGAGAACAAGGGUUCAUGAGACUGGUGGAUGAUCUUUCACUGGAGAUGUUCUGAUAAAAGGCCAUCGACCUGAAUCAUUCUCUCUCCGCAGCCGCUGUCAGACUGGCUGAGUGUUUCUAGCAUGUUUCUGUGUUUAUUUCAGACAUCCAGCACCUGCAGGAUUUUGCUUUUUGACCACAAUGGAAUCAGAUGGAUUUCCAGUGGCACCCAGUUGUGAUCUGACUGAUGUGAUGUUUAGAACAUUUACCUGAAUGCUUCAGACCAAGCAGACACUACAAUAGUACCACGGCAACACAGAGUGCGGACUAACCCAGACCCGCUUGGCUCGACCUGCACCAGUUACAGGUCGUAGGGGAAGCAGGGGUUGAGGGCGGAGAGGAUGAGAGUCAAUCCGAGAUAGCCCCGGAGUGCUUCCUGCUGGCAAGCUGGUGAAACUCUGGGAGUGGGAAUUUCCAGAUGUCAGGGCCAGGAAGAAGCAGAAAAUUUCAUACAUGUGAUAAAGUGACAACUGGUACACCCCACAGAGCUUAUUCAUCCCAGCAAGCACCAACAUGCACCUACAAUUAAGGCUGAUACUGCAGUGGUUAGACAAUGGCCCACCAAUAGAUCUUGCUGCUUCGCACUGCUGAAGCUUGGCAAACAGAUAUCCAGUAUGGUUGGACACAACCCUUCAACCCCACUUUUUUUCCCUGCUGUUAAACAUCACCACACAAGGCACAGUAGAGCCACUACUUCACAGCGCCAGCGACCCAGGUUUAAUCCUGACCUGGGCUGCCGUCUGUGUGGAGUUUGCAAGUUCUCCCUGUGACCACAGGGGUGUCCUCCAGGUGCUCCGGUUUUCCUCCCACAUCCCAAAAAAACACAGGUUAAUCGGUCACUGUAGAUUGCCCCUGGUAUGUAGAAUCUGUGUGAGGUGGAUAGGAAUGUGAGAAAAUGAAAUGGAAUCGUUAGAUGGGUGUUCGAUGGCGAAUGUAGACUUGCUGAGGUGAAGAUCUUGUCUCUGUGCUGUCUGAUCCUAUCAAUGACCCUAUAAGGAGAGUCAUGUUUAUGGGUUCUGUUAGUAAACAGCAACACUCUGUAUUCUAUCCACCAUUACAAAAGUGUCCUUUCUACAUUGUGUUGGAAAUAGGCCAAGCAAAGUAUUCAAAGAACCAUUAUACUGGUCCACCUUCUAGCAUUCCCACCUGAUCUAUUGUGGGUGCUCAGGGCACCAAGCACUACAGUAACAGGAGUAGGCCACUGGCCCAUCAAGGUUAUUGCUCAGAAGUAAAGUUUGUUCAUUUCUACCAAAGAGUUUUAUGUUGUUUCUGAGGUGCUGGGUUUUCAGGGCAUUUCUUGUGUACCAAGGAGACAACGUGCAUUCUAAGUGAGCCUCACUAAAGAGGUCCAGUGAUUCUUGGAUCAGGUUGUCUCAUUGUGUAGAGCACCUGCUCCUUCACCAGGAGCCCCAAGCUGGAGUCAGGCUGGGAAACCAGUCAGUGCUGGGACCUGACAGCCGUCAAAAACUAUCAGAGGACUUGCAGCACCUCAGGACUCCUGAAUAGUUGCAACAGAAAGGGCUUAAAAUUGUACCCCCCCCCCCUCACCACCCACCCUUACUGGAUCCUCAGUGGUAGGGAAAUAGCAAUGUUAAUAUAGCCCACAGUCUAAUUAUACUGUAGAACAGAUUUGCAGGCCAGCUGUGGGGCAAGAGAAUGGGGUUAAAAAAUGCUAUUAAAUACCUGCCCUCUCUUUCUCAUUGGAAAAUCCCUGUGCAAAGUGAGAAACAAUCACAGUUGCACGGUUCCCUUUGACUUGGACCUGGUAACUGAACUUUUUCUGAUCAAAUCAGAGCAGUAACCCUGUUUUCUUAAAGUACUGAUUAUUUAACCUGCAGUAGAUCAUUAAAUAGGCCUUUCUCAACAAACCUCAAAAUGAUCCACAUUUGAAAGGGUUACUGGUGAAUAGGUUCAGUCAUUGAGGAGGGGCCAUAAUUUAAGAUUAUUAAUAAAAGUAUAAAGGAAAAACUUCGGAGGAUUUUCAUUUGAAGGCCCACCAUGGAUUUUGCCACAAUUUACAGGAAAUAGAAAGGGAAACUUUUAUCUCGAUUGGGAUGUUACUCCUUUAACUCUUGAGAAUGUGUAGCUUUGUUGCCAAUCUAGGAAACGUACUGUUUUCUUCUAAAUAAUCCUGAUUAUAUCUCUCCUUUUGGAAUUUAUUUAUUUAUCCUCUGGCCAAUUCAAGGGCAUCUCUGUUUUCUAGGUUAAACCUCCCAUUUUGUCAGUGUUGCAGAGUGGAACGUUCAGUCCAAUGUAAAGCCACUUCUGAAUCCUCGAUGGGAUUUCUUGCUCUCUGCACCCUGCCAGUCCUUGUCCAUGAAAAGGGGUAUCAGUCACAGCAGGCAACCAGAUCGUUUUCAGCGACAGGGUCGCUUUGAGUGACUGCUGAUGUCUUCUGCUGUUGGGGAAAGAAUGCCCUCUUUGGUUUGAACCUCGUCCUCAGCUGCACCUAACCCCCUCUGCUCGUUCAUAAGUUCCCUAAACAAAUGUCAAUGGCAGUUUCACGGUCACCAUCCCCUCCUGCCCACCAUCCCACAAGCAUAACUGGCUUAUAUUUACAUGCACCGACUUCCUCUCAUAAUAAGCUAUAAACGGAGAUACGAAUCAGAAAUAUAAAUAGUGUAGAUUAAAUAUUUAUUAUAAUUGACAUUUGAUGCUUUUCCUUUGUUUGUCCCUUUUUGUUUUGACCUUAGUUCAACCCAGGCUAUUUAUUAUAUUCCUUAUUUUGGUCUGUUUGUUGUGUGUUGUAGCCUUUAUCUCGUGUAGUUGAUGCAUCAUUUUUGCCGGUCUUUUACAUUGUGAAGUAUUUUGGAUAUUGUUACCAAGUGUAAUGAAGAAACUUCAAUUUCUGUUACUAGCCCUAUUUAUUGAAUGCUGUAUUAUGGUGCUUUUUUGUAAUUGGAACAGUGGUGUAAUAAAUAAAUGGAUAGACAUUUUAA